GCGGGGAGGGGCACCACAUUGUCCCGCAGGGACUGCUGGUCCGCUCUGCUUCUGCCGUUUCGAGAACAAGAACAGGAGAGCAGUAUGAGGAGCCGACUCUAGGACGUCGUCGAGAAGGUCAGGCUACAUCAAGAACAACAGCCGUUGACCCUACAUACAGGAGCAGGGAAGAACUUGCCCCUGCGCAGCUGCAGGAGCAAAGUGUAGUGGACUUGCUUUAUAAAGGUUGCGGAGAGCAGAGAGCAGACACAUCAACGAGGACGGUAAAGGCGACGGAUGAAGUUGAAGCUACCAUAGACCACAAGUCAGCAUCUGUUUCCACAAGCGCGGCGCAUGGUCGACCUGCAAGCGGAUACGACGGCCCAGCUGGG